AUGUCUUCCUUCGCCGUAGUAAAAGACAUCGACCACCUCGUCCUAACCUGCCAUGACGUCCAAGCUACAAUAGCAUGGUACACAAAGUACCUGGGCAUGAAACACGAACCCUUCGGCCCCGAAUCCAGUCCCCGUCACGCUUUGAAAUUCGGCACGCACAAGAUCAACCUCCACCAGCGCGGUAACGAAUUCGAGCCCAAGGCCCAAACGGCUUUGCCUGGGACUGCUGAUCUGUGCUUUAUCCUUGAGGAAGGGACUGAUUUGCAAGGGUUAAUCACGGAGUUUGAGAAGGAGGAUAUCAAGGUCCUUGAGGGGGGAGGGGUUGUUGCUAGGACUGGUGCUAUGGGAGGGAUUAAGAGUAUUUAUGUUCGUGAUCCGGAUGGGAACUUGAUUGAGUGA